CCGGAAGAAGGAUCCUCAUGAACUUUUUUGACAGUCAUGUUAUUAUUUACAGUCAGACAGUGACACAGCAUCAUCUUCUGGGUAGAGUUGUAUUUUCGACUUUAUUUUCUAUUUUUCCUCACAAAUAGCUUCUGUUAUAUAUAUAUACAUAUAUUUUUUUUAAAUCUAACAAUUUGAGCACAAUUUGCUAAAAACUUUUUUAGUUACAAAAGUUUUAGUUAAGUUACCGGUAAGUCAGCUAGCCGGUCAGCUGUCGGUGAAAGGGGUCUAACUUUAUACUUGACUGGCUGAACAAAUCCGUUCGUGUCAUCAUGGACCAAACUGGCUCUUUUCCGGUGAAACUGUACGUUUACGACCUCUCCAGAGGCAUGGCCCGCCAGCUGAGCCCUGUCAUGCUUGGGAAACAACUCGAUGGGAUAUGGCACACAGCUAUUGUGGUCCACGGAAAGGAGUACUUCUUCGUUGGAGAAGGAAUCGUCAACUGCGCACCUGGUGGCACCCCCUUGGGUGAACCUGGCUCCAUAGUUGACUUGGGUGCCACUGAGGUGCCUGAAGAGAUAUUUAUGGAGUAUCUAACUUCACUGGCCUCGUCCACGUACAGGGGCGACAAGUACAACUUGUUUGAGCACAACUGCAACUCGUUCAGCAACGAGGUGGCUCAAUUCCUCACGGGCAAGAAGAUCCCUUCGUACAUCACAGACCUGCCAUCUGAAGUGCUGUCCACGCCGUUUGGCCAGGCUCUCCGUCCCUUAUUGGAUUCUGUCAUUAUAAACCCGGGAGGCAACAACAUAACUGGACAGAGGUAGACGGAGCCGUGCAUAUUAGGGAAGAAACACUUGAUAACAUCCGUGUCAGCAGUUGACAAGUUGAUCUCUACUACCAGCUAACCAGCUAACCAGCUAUCACCAGGACACUCUCCUUUGAGGAGUUUUAGGGUCUGUUUCUGCAUAUUCUGCACACAGCAUUGAGGUUUUUAAGGUGUUUUUGCCAAUAUAACUAAAAGGUUACUAAAGAGCAAUGUCUACUCUGUAUGAUGAAUCAGAUUGAGUUUAAGUAUGUAUGCUAAGAUGUCACUUCUUCUUCUCUCUUUCUCUGUCAUCCCUUCCUAAGGUGCUCCAUCGUAACAGUCUAUUAGGACGUGUAUUACUUUUAGAUGACCAGUCCAGGAAUGAAAUGCACAGAAUCUAAUUUUAGAAGACAAAAGUACUUUUUAGAUGCUCAAAAAUGUUAACAUAUUCUGAUUUACUAAUGAUCAAAAUGCGUUUCCUUAUCCUUAGGGUUCACUCACACUGAUGUUUUUGUUGCUCUUUAAUCCCGUCUUCUAACCAGGGACAGAAAUCUUAAUUCACGAGCGAACCUUUUUAAAUUCCUUCAGCGCUUCGUCACAGUGUCUGUGGAAGAGCUCACGCUUAAUAUUAAUUUAUUACUCAACCUUUAAUAUGUGCUUUUUUAUUUAUUUUUCUGAAAUGAAAAUGUUAAAAAAAAAUAAUAAAAUCCAAAACCAGGACAAUGAAAUAGAAAAAAAAAAAUAUGAAUAGGAAUAAUUAAAAACACGAAUCAGGUUUCAAAACAUUCUGCAAAAGUGACACAACACAACAGAUUAUCGCUGACAUUAGUCAAUGUCAUUUUAUUUUCCAGACCAAUAAAGAGGCAAAUAUCGUCCCAUACCUUAUUUUUACCAGCAGGGCCGGACUAAUCCCAUCAUUCAUUCACCUUGUGCUCUUACCAGACAUUGGCCUUGUCUUUCACAUUUGUUGAAAGGUCCUCGGGACAGAGCGAUGCCUCCUACAACUGCCCACAUUUCCCACAUCAUCUCAGCAUUUUCUAGUGAUUAACACAGACCGCCUUAUACCGACCAACUUAUUUAUUUUUUAUUUAAUAUCAUUGUGAAUGAUGAGUUUCUCUUUAUAUUCAGGGAUGCUGUUCAUUAUAAGCUUUCACAGUUUACCUGGUGUUUAUUUUAAGUGGGUGUUAAUGGGGUCUGCUUUUUCCAGGACUCAUCCAGCAAAGUAGAUAAGUGGAAACUGUUCUUCUGGCUUGUCUAUAUGUUUUAAAAAGUACAUUUAGAUGAUUUGUUUUUGUUUUUUAACAUUGAGGACCACUCAUCUUUUCAUUCCAUUGCCUGUCAUGUUUUUGAGUUUAGACAAAGUGCUACGAAUCCACAAUGUAUGUCUGAUAACACGUAAACUUGAACAAUUUGAGUGUGUUUAUAUGACCAAACCAUACACAGUAAAUGACUUUUACUCCAGGUGUAACGCCAACAGCCUCUUACCUCCAUUAUUGCAUGAAAUACAAACUGUUGAUGCCAUCAGUGUCUUUUAUCUGAGUUUAUUCUCAUUUCAGGACAAACUGUAAAUGGUUUACUUUAGGUUUUAUAUGGAAAAUCAUUUAAGAAAAGCUGUAUCCUGACAUGUAGAGAGGUUCACUUUAGAUCUUUAAAAAAAUAUUAAUAGAAAUGAACUUGCUGCGCUGUAUAAUGUGUGAUAUUUUAAACCUAAAAGAAGUUAUAAUAUUAAAAAAAAUAUUAAAAUAGUUUUGCUGUGACAAGGUUUCUGUCUCACAUUUAUAAUUAAAAAUCUGUCUUAAACGUGUGUAGAUCGUCAGGACAGGAAAUACUCUUUCUUUAAGUCGUGUAGUGUCACGAACAGCCACAAGGAGGCAGUACGGGAUCGCUGCAGCGGCACCUCGAGUCAUGUCAAUCAAAAAUGACUAUUUCUCACUUUAAAAUGUUGAUUUGCUGUCUGGGCACUAAUUUAGAUAAAUAAUGUGGUUGAAAUCAUUUUCAAAUAACCUGAAUGCUUUUUAUUUACAUUUUACACAAUGACAUUUUUCGCCUGGAAACAAGUUUACAAAAUAAAGCUACUGGACUGUU